AUGGCGUUCACAGGCCGACCCAUUCGUAUUGCAGGCGCAUCGGGCUCUGCUUCAGACCGCCGCCAUGCCAUUGCGGACUUUGCGCGCCAUUAUCCAACUGACCCUGUCGAUGUUAUCAUCGCCGAUUUCAUGAGCGAGUUUAACAUGGCCACCGCUGCUGGUCGGCGGGUGGACCAGGGAAUGACCACCGAUACUGCUGCCACACCGCCAGCCUAUGACCUGUCGUUUUUGGAGGCAUUGGAGCCGGCUUUGGCAGACUUGGCCAAGCAUCAGAUUAAAUUGGCCGUCAAUGCUGGCGUCACAGAUACCAAGGGUCUGUAUGAGGUGGUAAUGAAAAUGGUACAAGCCAAAGGGUUGGAUUUGAAGGUUGCCUGGGUAUCUGGAGAUGAAGUCCUGCCAGCCAUCCAAGAGUCACUCGCGGCUGGGCAGUCUGACUUCCGAAACAUUUACACCGGCGAGAAACUAGCGGACUGGUCCUUUGAGCCGAUCUACGCCCAGUGUUAUCUGGGUGGGCUUGGAAUUGCAGCCGCCCUCGCCGAGGGUGCGGAUAUCGUACUAUGCGGUCGCGUGUCAGACGCAUCGCCCGUCAUUGGUGCCACCUACUGGUAUCACGACUGGAAACGUCAUGAACUGGAUAAGCUGGCCAAUGCCUUCGUUGCGGGCCACUUGAUCGAGUGCAGUAACUAUGUCUGCGGUGGGAAUUUCACUGGUUUCAAGACCCUAGAGCACGGCGGUGAUGGCUGGAGCAAUAUUGGAUAUCCAAUCGCGGAGAUCUCUGCUGAGGGCGACGUGGUCAUCACCAAACAGGCACAUACCACUGGUGGCGCGGUCACGGUCGAUACGUGCACCUCCCAGUUGCUCUACGAGAUCCAGGGACCUUGGUACUACAACUCCGAUGUCACCGCGGUCCUGGAUGGCAUCCACUUCGAGCAACGGGGCGUCAACCGAGUUGCGGUCCACGGAGUCCGAUCGGGACCUCCGCCACCCACCACCAAAGUUGGCAUCACCGCUCGUGGGGGGUUCCAGGCCGAGAUAUGGUGGUUCUUGACGGGGCUGGAUAUCGAGGCCAAGGCGCGCAUGUUGGAAACGCAGAUCCGUCGGCUGCUCGCGCCGUUCUCCGACCGGUUUACAUCCCUCAAGUUUGACCUACUCGGGUCCGCAGUACCCGAUGCGCCUGAUCAGAACCGGGCCACUGCGCCUUUCCGAAUUGUGGUGCAAGCGAGGCAUGCAGAGGAUCUUGCGCCCCCAUGUUUCCUCAAGCCCAUCACCGGCAACAUCAUGCAGGGCUACCCUGGUGCGACUUUCCACCUGGACUUGCGCCAGGGAUUCCCUCACGCCAUUUUCGAGUAUUAUGUGACUUUACUGCCUCAAAGUGCCGUUCAACACCGGGUCCAUCUUCCCUGGAAGCCCACGGCCACCACACAAGUCGUUGAUAUUGCCCCUCCAUCAGCGACCCAAACAUACCCCUCCCAACAACCGUCGCAGGCUGUCACUCAGACCGAUCAACCCGUGGAUCUCAAGUGUGGCUUUGGGCCGACCAUUCGUGGCCCGCUCGGAUGGAUUGUGCAUGCACGCUCUGGGGAUAAAGGGUCGGACGCGAAUUGCGGCUUCUGGGUCCGGCACCGCGACGAGUAUCUGUGGCUGCGGUCGUUGCUGUCGGUCCACACGGCGCGCCAGCUGUUGGGGGGCAUUGACCACACCCUGCCCCCCAUGGCGAUUGAUCGGUUUGAGCUACCGGGUCUGCAGGCGAUCCACUUUUUAUUCAAGAACCACCUCGACCGCGGGGUGGGAGUCACGACGACGGUGGACUUUUUGGGGAAGAAUGUGGCGGAAUACCUGCGGAGCCGGCAUGUCGAUCUGCCUGUACGGUUCUUGAACCGGGGAAAGCUGUAG